ACGUGACCCAGUGACGUCAGGAGGUCAGUUUCCUGUAUGAAGUUUAGCCACUACCCUUUAAUUUAGCUUCUAGGCAGUCGAACUUGAGCUGCGGCUAUGAGGCUUUCGUUUCUUCUUUGCCGGCCUUUUGACUUUGGGCAGCGAGAUGUCGCACAUUGGUUUCCAGGACAUAUGGCUAAGGGGCUUAAACAGAUGAGAGCAAAACUUUCCAAAGUUGACUGCAUUUUGGAAGUACAUGAUGCCCGAAUCCCUUUAUCUGGACGAAACCCUCUCUUUAAAGAGUAUCUUGGAAUUAAACCUCACUUACUUGUGCUCAACAAGAUUGACUUGGCAGACCCCUCUCAUCGAAAGAGAAUUGCUACUCAGCUAGAGAAACAGGGAGUUGGAAAGAUCAUUUACACUGAUUGCAUCAGAGAAGAGAACAUCAGACAGAUUGUUCCAGCUAUUACUGAACAGAUUGGAAGUAACACUCAGUUCAACAGAGCAGAGACUACAGAAAUAUCCAUUAUGAUGACUGGAAUUCCCAAUGUGGGAAAAUCCUCUCUGAUAAAUGCUCUUCGCAGAAUACAUAUAAAGAAAGGGAAAGCCUCUAAAGUCGGAGGAGAACCUGGAAUAACUCGCUCAGUGCUUUCUAGAAUACAGGUUUCAGAAAAUCCUCUCAUCUAUCUCUUGGACACACCAGGAGUCCUUUCACCCCGCAUUGAGUCGGUUGAGAUAGGAAUGAAGUUGGCAAUAUGCGGAACAAUUCUUGAUCAUUUGGUGGGUGAAGAUAUAAUUGCUGAUUAUCUCCUUUAUAUGCUAAAUCAGCAUCAACAGCACAGAGUCCCAAAGAAUGGUCAACGAAGGCCACUGCUAAAGUUAAAAGGGAUUGUGCGAUUUGUAAGAAGAGGCUAUCCCCUGUUUGGCUGAAACCCUUGUGUAAUGAUUGCAUUAAAAAAGACGGUAGAAGAGAAAUCCUCGUCUUUUCUGAAAAAUAUUAAAGAGCUGAUCAAAGAUAAAGAAACUUCUGUUUUAAAGGUUUUUAAAAGGCCCCUUCCCACUACUUCCCGAAGUAAACCAUCUUCCCCUGUAGAGGCUUCCAACACAGAUUUUUCAGAAGAUGAGGACGAAGGAGAAUUAUAUAGAGACUCUUCCUCUUCUUGUGGUGAUGAAGCGACAUGGAAACCCCUAGCCUUUCUGGAAGAUACUGACAUUCUACUUAAAGAUAUUAGGGCUACAAUGAAAUUUAAUGACUGUAAAGAACAUAAAUCAAUUCAGGAUAUUAUGUUUUGGGAUUUGGGCCAUAAGAGUUUUCCCCCUUAAUGAUAAUAUUAAAUAUUUAAUCCAAAAUGGAAAAGGCUGAAUAAAAAUGUUUACCACCUUGUGAAUAUAAAGCGUAAAUACGCGUUUGAAGAAGAGGAAUCCUCCUGCUUGGAUAGAGCCCCAAAAGUUGAGGCACCUGUGGCAAAAAAUGCCUUUUAAAGAUCUGCAUUAUAGUUUGAGGAUUUGGGGACCUUAAAAUACUCAAUGGGUAGGAAAGCAGAAAUAUACCUCAAAAAAGCUUGGGAAUCCUCUAGCCAAUCCUUUGAACCUAACAUCACUGCAUCUUCCAUGGCUAGGUCCCUAAAAUUGGGCUCCAAGAACUAGAAUCGCAUAUUCAUGAUAAAACCCCUAGAGACCAAUUUUUAUCAGUCAUUCCUAUCAUUAUGAAAGCGGUUGAUUUUAUUUCGGAUACCUCGGCAGAUUCAUUAAGGCUUAAUGCAAUAAUCGCAGCUUUCUCCAAUUCUGCGAGAAGGGCUCUUUGGUUAAAAAAUUGGUCGGCAGAUUCAAGGUCUAAAAAUAAAUUAUGCUCCCUUCCUUGUCACAGGGAAUUUCUCUUUGGCCCCAUGCUUGAUGAGGUUCUUGAAAAGGCCUCAGUUAAGAAGAAGGGCUUUCCAAAACCUUUCACUUCCACACAAAAAUGUGUUGUUGUUUUUUUCACACCAACAGGAAAAAUCUGUUCAGUGGGGCCAGAAAAGACAGGUCAUGAAAGGAAUCCUACCCUAAUAAAAGAGAUAAGGGUUUCCUGUUUAGUUCCAAAUCUAUCUCCAAAGACAAACCUAAUAAGCAUUGAUGCCAGAUACCCAGUGGGGGCAAAAUAUCCUUUUUUUCUCAGGCCUUGGAAGAAAUAGCAAGGAGCCCUUUGAAAACAUUCCCAUAUAAAAAAAAAUCAGUUUGAAUUUUCUAACUCCCCUCCAGAAAGACAAAAAAUUACAGACGUUACUGGGACAUCAGAAAGAGCAUUUUUCUUAAAGCAAGACAUUUUUGUCCUUCUAGACAAGUUCUGUUCCCCGUGCUGCAAAGCGAAAGAGGGAGAGAUUUCUACUCCAGUCUGUUUCCGGUGCCAUGAUUCCGAUUUCGCAUGAUAUCUAAAAGUCUUGAAUCAGUACCUAACUUACAUAAAGUUCAGGAUGGAGUCGAUUCAGUCUACA